GCACCACUCAAGUGGACCUAAACCGGCUAAGGGUACUCUAACUCAUUGCCCGACCAAAAUUAAAAAAAAAAAAAAAAAAAGGAAAGUGUUGGCUGCUGCUCCUCUGGAAAGCGGUGCUUCCUCUUCGCUCGUCUUACUCAAACUACAUUGGAAAAGCUGGAACCGUUACACAGAAAAGACAUUCUGUGGAAAAACCUUUGAAGAAUGCAGGACGGGAGCUGUAAUGAGCCCCUGCCCCACUCUCUGCUGCUGAAGGACUCCGCUGCUCUGGUGGGUGAUGGGGCCAUGUACUCGGACGCCGAUCUCUUCCCGGACUCCCUGGCGGAGCUGGAGGGAGGAGACUGCGACUUCCCGGAGCUCUCGGCCUUCCUCAGCGAGGACGAGAUGAGCCUGAGCCUGGACCUGGCCCGGGAGGCCAUGAGCGACGCCGACGAGCCCGACGAGCCCGACCCCCCCGCCCCGCGCCCCGUCGACCCCGUGCUCCAAGCGCUCCCGACGGUUUUCGUCCCGCCGCCGCCGCCGCAGCCGGCCUUCCCUCAGCCGCCGCCGUACCACGAGGUCGUAUCCCGAGGGCCCUUCUUCCACGAGGCCCCCACCUCACACACCCUCAUCCAGACCCCCGAGUUCAUCACCACCACGUCCAGAAGCCCACAGGGGACUCCGCUGCUCAGGCAGCCCGCUCAGGGGGCUCCCUACAACCCCCCGCUCCCCUCCUCCGCCAACGCGGCGGGCGCUCCUCCUCCGGCCUCUCCGGAGAAGUUCGUCUGCCACAAGGCCAUCACGCCGGUGUACAAGCAGGAGCGCCCGCGGCUGGUCCACGGCGGCCUGGAGCUAAACGAGCGCGCCGCCUCGGCCACCGAGUUCUGCAGCCGCGCCGCCACCUUCAUCGAGGAGCUCUCGUCCAUCUUCAAGGGCCCCAUGCGCCCGGGGGAGCAGCGGCGUCCCGGUGUUUGCGGAGUUGGGAGCAACAGCGUCCGUGGCAUCGGUGCCGGCAGCGUUAGCGUCAGCGGAGGUGGCGAAGAGGACUCCUCCUCGCCCGACAGCGGCUACCUGUCCCCCCAAAGCCACCGGCAGCCGGCGACGGCGGCGCCUCCCUCGUCGGCGUCCUCCACCACCUCCUCGGCCUCCUCCUCCUCCCUCGCCCAGCAGGGGGCGCAUCACAGGAGCCAGGUGAGCCUGGCGCCGGAGGCGUUGGCUAACAGCAGCGGUGGUGGUGGUGGUGGUGGGGUGCCUGAGGCACAGCAGCAGCAGCAGCAGCAACAGCAGCAGGUCGGGGUUGGCAUGUUGGCCGGCGACGGCCUCAUUUCGCCCCCUCAUUUCACCCAGAAGCUGAAGAGCCAGGAGGUGGCCGAGGGAAGCCCCAUCCGCCUGGAGUGCAGAGUGUCGGGGAACCCCCAGCCGCUGGUCAGGUGGUUCUGUGAGGGGCGGGAGCUGCACCACUGUCCCGACAUCCAGAUCUGGCGCGAUGGUGACCUGCACACGCUGGUGAUCGCCGAGGCCUUCGAGGACGACACGGGACGCUACACCUGCGUGGCCUCCAACGCGCUCGGAGCAGACAACACCUCCGCAGAGGUCUACAUCGAGGGACUAUCAUCCUCAGACUCUGAGGGGGAGGGCUCUGUGUCCAAGUCCAAGCAGGGAGCCAUGCCUCAGGUUCAGAAGAAGACGACCUCUGUUUCCCUGACGAUUCGUUCUCCAUCACCCAAAAGUCCAGAGGUUACACCUCACCGCUCCACACUAGUCCAGCCGCUGUCCUUUGCACCACAACGAGUUCAGAGCCCUGUCUCCUCUAUCUAUGGAGCUGAUGGGCUUCUUGCAGCCCCUCCUGUUUUCACAAAGGUGCUGCAGGAUGCCCAGGCGUCCGAGGGGCAGGUGGUGGUGCUGGAGUGCCGGGUGCGAGGCAGCCCCCCUCUGAAGGUGCAGUGGUACAGACAGGGAGAGCAGAUCGAGGACUCGCCUGACUUCCGCAUCCUGCAGAAAAAGCCCCGCUCGGCUGCCGAGCCCGAGGAGAUCUGCACGCUGGUCAUUGCGGAGGCCUUCCCCGAGGAUGGAGGCCUGUUCUGCUGCACCGCCAGCAACCAGUACGGCUCGGUGAACAGCACAGCCAAUCUGACCAUCACGCCAGUGGUGGAGUCGCCCAGCAACGGGGUGUCCGGUGGCAACGACAGCCUCGCGUUCGAGGACAGCCAGCCGUUCCCGCCGCCUCCGCCUCCGCUGCUGCCGCCGGCCACCGAGAUCAGCCUGCUGGAGGUGCCGCCCAAGACCCCGCCCAGCACCGAGGCUUUCCACGUCAACGAGCUGGAGAUCUGGCCGAGGGUGAGCGCACCGCCACCACCACCACCACCACCACCGCCACCGCCACCUCUCCAGGUCCCCGCGGAGGCUGAUCACCACACCGACAGAACCGCCAACGGAACCUUCCAGAAUGGCCAGAGCUCCAGGGAGGACGCUGCGCCUGUGAAAGAGAGCCCGCUGCCGCCGCAGCCCGCCAAAGCCCCCGCUAUCCCAUCAACCCCCUCUCCAGCCAAGGAGGGCCCGCCUCUCCCCAUUAAGCCCAAGCCUAAACUAUCGGAUGAUAUAUCAGAAGACACAGCAAAAGAAAGAAACGCAGAGCAGCUGAAGCAGCUUCGUGAACAGGUCUUAUUGGAGCAGCAGGAAGCAGCCAUUUGGCAGCAGCAGGUGGAACAGGAAGUCCCACCUCCGCCUCUGGAGCAGCAGCAGCAGCAGCAGUCGUCACCGGAAGGCCCGCCUUCGUCUCCUCCUCUUCCUCCUCCUCCCUCCUUCCAGGAGCUGGAGGUCAGCAGCGCCAUGCAGACCAGCACGUUCAACUACGCCCGGCCCAAGCAGUUCAUCGCCGCCCAGAGCCCUGGGGGCAGCAGCAGCGGUGGUGGUGGGGGCGGCGGGGGUCCCAUGGGGGGCUACGCCACGCAGUCCUCCAACUCCUCGGGCUCCAGCCUGCCCUCGCCGCUCUCGCCGCCCAGCGCCCACAAGCCCUUCGGCCGCAUCCCGCUGCCCCCCUACCAGCCACCGGCGGCGGGGCACGGCCUGGCCAAGGCGGGCAGCGUGGAGUCGCCCGGCUCUCCCUCCUUCCCCCCGCCGCCUCCGCCCUUCCUGAGCAGCGGCAGCGCCGGCAGCAGCAGCGUGACGUCGCCCGCCACGGACUUCCCCCCGCCGCCGCCGCCCCCUCCUCCGCCCGUCUCCGCCAGCCCCACGCUCUCCGACAGGUCCUCCCCCUUCACCUCCACCCCGCACUCGCCCGCCAACUUCCUGAUGUCUGUCCUGCCCGCCACGCCCACCAGCCCGUCGGUCAACUCCAUGGGUCUGCCCAAAGGCAACGGCGUCAUUGGCCUCCACAGUGGCUUCUCACGUAAGCCCAGCAGAACCAGUACGCGCAUUGCCACCGACUCCGAGAUCCAGGGCUCCAAAGACAGCCUCAUCCAGGACCUGGAGAGGAAACUGCGCUUCAAAGAGGAGCGCAUGAACGGCCAGAGGUUAACCUAUGAGGAGAAGAUGGCUCGCAGGCUGCUGGGAGCAGACAACGCUGCCACUGUUUUAAAUGUUCAGGAGCAGGAGGAAGAGCCAGUCACACAGGAGAGCAGCUCCACUGAGCCAGAGUCUGUCCCUCAAAAGGAGUACAAGGUGUCCAGCUUCGAGCAGCGCCUGAUCAGCGAGAUCGAGUUCCGCCUGGAGCGCUCGCCCGUGGAGGAGUCGGACGACGACGUCCAGCACGACGAGGACGCGCCCGGCGAGUGCGUGGCGCCCUUCUUCGACUCGAAGCUGAAGCACUACAAAGUGUUCGAGGGCAUGCCCGUCACCUUCUCCUGCAAGGUCAUCGGCGACCCCAAGCCAAAGAUCUACUGGUUCAAGGACGGGAAACAGAUCUCAAAGCGGAGUGAGCAUUAUCGCAUCAGUCGUGACGCAGACGGCACCUGCAACCUACACACAGCCUCUGCAUCACUGGACGACGACGGCAACUACACCAUCAUGGCUGGCAACCCUGCAGGGAGGAUCAGCUGCACGGGCAGGAUGAUGGUGCAGGCGGUGAACCAGAGAGGCAGGAGCCAGCGUUCCACACCCGGACACAUUCGCAGACCCAGGUCCAGGUCCAGAGACAGCGGGGAUGAGAACGAGAACAUCCAGGAGCGCCACUUCCGCCCCCACUUCCUGCAGGCUCCCGGGGACCUGAUCGUGCAGGAGGGAAGACUGUGCCGCAUGGACUGCAAGGUCAGUGGACUGCCCACGCCCGACCUCAUCUGGCAGCUGAAUGGCCAGACCAUCCGCCCAGACUCCGCCCACAAGAUGCUGGUGAGGGAGAAUGGUGUCCACUCAUUGGUCAUCGAGCCUGUCACCAGCCGAGACGCUGGCAUCUACACCUGCAUCGCCAGCAACCGUGCUGGACAGAACUCCUUUAACCUGGAGCUUAUUGUUGCCGCCAAAGAGAUGCACAAGGCCCCCACCUUCAUUGAGAAGCUGCAGAACACAGGCGUUGCCGAGGGUUACCCAGUGCGCCUGGAAUGCCGUGUGUCCGGAGUGCCCUUCCCACAGAUCUUUUGGAAGAGAGAGAAUGAAUCGCUUACCCACAACACAGACAGAAUAAGUAUGCACCAGGACAACUUUGGCUACUUGUGCAUGAUCAUUCAGCCAGCCUUGAAGGAGGAUGCCGGCUGGUACACAGUCUCAGCCAAGAAUGAAGCAGGCAUCGUGUCCAGCACAGCACGACUUGAUAUCCACUCCCAGUGGCAGCAGACCCAAACUCCGAAGCUCAAGAAGGUGCGUCCCUCCGCCAGCCGUUACGCAGCGCUCACGGAGAGAGGCCUGGACGUGAAGGCCGCCUUCUUCCCCGACGCCAGCCCUCUGCCGCCCGGCGGCCUGGUGGAGAGCGAAGACCUGUAGGGUGGGGGCGGUGGAAGCGCUCGCUUACCUGACCAUGUGACCUUUUGACCUUUUUACUGCAGCGCCACCGUCCACAACUCUCUUCCCCCCUUCACCUGUACACCCCCCCCCCACACACACACACACACAUACACACACCCCACCAUAACAAAAAAGAAUCACCCUUAUGAAAAAGAAAAAAAAUCAUUCUCCAAAGAUGUUUAAGGGUGAAUGACUGAUCUGAAAUGCUGAUUCUCAGUCCAAAGGAUGGGUGAGCGAAAGUUGUUGAAGAGGCCGUGGAUGGGAAAUGGCCGACAAGCACUGCCAUGCAAUGAGGUUCCUUUCAGUCAUAGUGGCAGUGCUUUACGACAUAUAACGUCUGUAGCUCUGUCCCAGCAGUGCCUUAAUUGCCAAUCCUUUAUUAUUGUUUGAUAUUAGGCCUGGUGACAUUUUGUUUCUUCCGGGGGGAAGAGGUGCUGUGAGUGCAAAAGUGAGGUCAUAUCCUGCCUCUGCAAUGACUGUUUUUGAUUGGUCUAGGUAGGCCAAGGAAUGCUGAGAGAUGGCACUCAUACACAACACACACACCCACUGUCAAUAAUAAACACACAUACCCGUACACACUUUCAUUGUUCAGAUAAUGAUCUGAAACUCAAAAAAGCGAGAUAACUUGGGUCUUAGCACAAGUGCCUGAGAGACUUUGUAUGCUCUUACUGCAGGAAGAUGGGAUCCAGUCAAAAAACAUAUUUCAUUUGGAAUAACAAAGUAGCAUCUAGUUCUGCAUGUUACCAUGGUGCCAUUUUGAAUACUCUGUAUGUAUUUACUCGAUGUCGUAGUUUUGAUGUAUUUAUGAAGAGGUGGUGGUGGCGGCAAGUUGGGUUGGGGGCUGGAUAGUUCGGUAGGGCAGCCCAUCCCGGAAACAGAGGUGAAAAAUUGUGGAUGAUUUGGAGGGAAUUCGGUAAAAGAGACAAAGGCAAACAGGAAUUAGCCACGGAAACAUCCGCAGGUAGAAGAUCCGAGGGGGAAUGUCCAUGGCUGUCCUGCACUGCAGCACUGGAGUGGUCUCAAGAUGAGAUGGGAAAGGAGACCCCAUACACACAAGCUUCUUUCAUACACCUGCCACAGCAUAGCCUGAGGUGUGGUGACAGCACAUUACAAUUGGUCACUGUGGCCUGAGUAUAGAUUAACGUUAGCGGUUAGCGUACCACCAUGGGUAUUGAAAGCAAUGUUUGGUUAUGUAUUUAGCACGGUAACAUAGAUGUUGCACAAGGCCGGGCCUUAUCUACUUUCUUUUCUCUUCCUUUUACUUUUUUUUUCUGGGUCAGAAGACCUUGAAUCAAAUAAAACUGACAUGUCAUUUUAAUCAUGUGUCACAGAUCUAAAGGAAUGUUGGAUGGCACUGUGUAACUAUGGAAACUGGAGUGAUUGACAAGACAGUGGAAGUUGUUGGUGUGUUAGCAGUGCUGAGAGUUAGAAAACUGGUUUGGAAUGGGUUGAAUUGAGUCUGAAAAUGAAACCUGGAUGCACUGCUUACACGGGAUAGCGUGAAUGGUGAAUGAAAGACAAGAAUGUAGUUUAGCCACUUCAAUGACACAUAGUAAAGGCAAAUAGAGAAAUGGUGCUGAUGAUUGCUGUGAUGAUGAAGAUGAUGAUGAUGAUUAUGAUGCUGAUGAAGAGAAUGGCAAUGGUGGGGUGGGGUACCAGUGAGACAGAGAGGAUCAGAUUAACUGAAAUGAGUAUGAGAAUGACGAUGGAAGGAAUCAAUGUGGUAAUGAAGAAUAGUUCACUUUUUCCAAAUCUUAUACAUAUACUCAAAACAUGACCGUGGCAGACAUGUAUUCAUGCUCAACAAAUAAUAAAAAUUAUUUUUGUAUGAGUUAAAAAAAAAUAUAUAUAUGUGAUUAUGCGCAGUUGCUACCUUCUCCUACCUUUGUAGAUACACUUUGUAGAGAUACGACAAUAAUCCUUUUCAAACUGGUAAAUAAAACAUGCCUGGUCUAUAUUUAAAUCUAUAUUAAAUCUAAUACAAACUAUGUACUGCAUACCAGGUCACUGAGGCCUAUUUCUAUUAUUUAUAUAUCAGUGCAUAUUCAAUUCUGGGGUACUCUUGUUAGAAUUCACUGAAUUUUAUGAGAGUCAUUUUAUAGAGGCAGUUAGGAUAGCAGAGAUGUGCUGAUUCUCACACCUUUAAGUCGAAAUCUCCGUAUCAAGCAUUUAAACAUUAAACAUUUGAUUAUGGUGAUACUUUCACAUUGUAUUUGAAAAGCUAUCUUGUGCCUUGUUUCUCGCACACAGCACAUCUUGCAUUUGCUGUGGGUCACUACACACCAGCCUUGGGUACUCUUACUCUGACAUACUUUUCUCCAUGUUUUUUUUUUUUUUUUCCAAGCCAGUCUGUGCCUGUAUAUGGAUUGUUCUCCUGAUACUAUUUUUGUGUAUGAAUGAUAACAUAAAUAAAAGUCUCUGGAAGAA